CCAACAACUUUUGGGGGUUUUGGUUUUACAGGCAUUGAAUGUCUUAUGCAGAGUAAUUGUAUUUUAUUUUAUUUUAUUUUUUUUUAAGCUCCUUCAUCCAUAUUGAACAUGAAGCAUUUUGCAGUAAAUGAAGCCAUUUGAUCUUCCUUUAUUAAUCGAUCACCGAUUUUUCUUGCUUAUGCUCUCUACAAAUUAAUCGAUCACAAAUUUUGAGGCCACAUUUGGGGGUUUCGGUUUUUUAGUGGUUGAAUGUCUUACAUAGAGAACUUUUUUUUUUUUUAUUGCUUUUUUUUUGUAAGCUCAUAUUGAACAUGAAGCAUUUUGAUAUUUCUUUCAUCCUAUGGGAAAUGAUGGGGAACACGAUUUCUUGUGAAUGCCAAUUUACCAUGGUUGCUUAUGAAUGCCAAUUUACCAUGGUUGCUUAUGAAUGCCAAUUUACCAUGGUUGCUUAUGAAUCAUGUCUUUCUCAUUUGAAGUUUGAAGUAUAGCAUCCGUAAUUGUUUAUUCAAGUUGGAUGAUGACUUGUAUAUGUGUUACUUACUAUGAUAAUGAUCAUGUGGCUUGUAAGAAUUUAUGAGGCAUGAUGCUGUUGAUCCAUGUUUACGACUUGACUCUCUCCAACAAAAAAUGCUAGGUUGGACAAAUAUAAAAGUAUUAUGAGUUCACAUAUUCAAUAAUGUAGAUUGUUUCCAAUAGAAAAAAAAGCAAAGAACUUCUGAUUAUAACUUAUGUUACAUGUUUUUUUGAUGAAAGGUUAACUUUGUAUUAAAGAAUUCUUUGCCACAUGUGGGGGUCUUGGUUUUUCAGAGAUUGAACAUAACUUUUUGCCUUGAUGCAUCAUCACUUUUUUAUCAUGUAAUCUAAGCUAAAUUUGUUAUUUCACUUGAUGAAUAGCACGUCUCAAGUGAUGAUCUGUUGCUUACACAUUUACAAAAUCCAUGCUUCAAUGAAUUUGGUAGUGUUUUUCAGAUUGGUUCACUUCUAAUUUGUAUCAUUAUCUUUUGUUCAACUUCCCUUCGGAUAGUUCUUUCUUAUGGUCACUGUUAUCUUAAUUUCUCUCUAAACUUGGACUAUAUUCUUUGGUUCUGUGUAAGUUUUAUGAAAAAGUAUAGUGCUUGGCCCCCACUUUUGUAUAUUGAGAUGUUAUUAUGCCUAUAUAAAGGUUUGAAUACAUAUAUUUAUAUAGUUUGUCUUUUUAUGUAGGGUUACUUGAAAACUUAGAUGGAUCACACUGUUUUAGAUUGUGUGUCAGCUCCCACUUGUGCAAUGAGAGACACCAAUGAGCUCAUGGAGCAGGUUCUUUAUCUUGCAACCCCUCCUAGAAAUUUCACAGAAAUACAAGAUGGAGAACCUGACUCCUCAACCAAACUCUUAGAAAAAAUAUACCCCGUGUAGGAAUGGAGUUUUCUUCAGAGGAAGAUGCAAUUGAGUACUACAAGGCUUAUGCAUUGACGAAAGGUUUUGGUGUUCGUAAGAGAACUACCCAUAAUGAAAAAGGUGAAAUGAUUCACAGGGAAAUUCUUUGCUUUAAAGAAGGAUUUCGCAAAGCAUAGGAUCAAGCUAGUGGAGAGAAACUUCUUGAAUCAAGGUGUGGGUGUAAGGCUAAACUAGGAGUCACUAGAAAAGCGAACAACAAGUGGGUCGUGACUAGGUUUACUAGUUAGUCCAAGGAAAGCUUGUUUAAUUCGCAGCCACCGAACAUUAUCUAGUAGUAUCACAAAGUUGAUGAUAAAUUCAAUGACUUCGGCCAUGAUUAAGCCAAGAUAUAUUCAUAGAGCAAGCUGGAGGGAUCAAGAAUGUCACAUGUACACAAAAGGAUAUCGAGAAUGAAAUUGCUAGUGCUAGAAAAAAACUAAGAUGAGAAUAUGUUAGUCUAAUUAUGCAAUGGCUGUAUAAAAUGAAAGAAUCGAAUCAAUCUUUUUUCUAUAGAUUGAAAUUAGAUGAAGACGGCCACAUUCUCAACAUCUUAUGGGCAGAUGUGACAUGGAAAGUUUCAUAUCAAUGCUUCUCUGAUGUGGUUAUAUUUGAAACCACAUACAAAACAAACACUUUUAGUAUGUCAUUUGCACCCAUACUUGGUGUAAAUCACCACUUCAAUACAACCUUGUUUGGAUUUGCACUCAUAUUUGAUGAGAAGAUAGAAUCAUUUGUUUUGGUAUUUGAAAAUUGGUUAGAAGCAAUGGGUAGACAACAACGGGGCGUUAUUCUCACUGAUCAAGACCAUGCAAUUUCAGCCGCAGCGAGACAAGUUUUUGACAAGAGUGAGCAUCAUUACUGUAAGUGGCAUAUACUUUUGAAAGUUAAAGAAAAACAAUGUCAUGUCUUGCGCAUGCAUUCUUCCUUUUCAGAUACUUUAAGGAGUUGUAUAGCUAGUCCAACAAUAGAAGAAUUUGAAUUGGAAUGGAAAUUAAUAAUUGAAAAAUAUGAGUUGGAUAGCAAUGAAUGGCUAAAUAAGCUUUAUGGUUGUCGCAUGCAAUGGGCGGAUGCAUACUUGAUUGGCAGGUUCACAGCGGGUAUGACUUCUACCCAAAGAAGUGAAGGGAUGAAUAAGCAUUUCAAGACGUACUUGACAUCCAAAACUAGCUUACAUACGUUAAUGGAAAUAUGUGCAAAGGUGCAAAAUAAGAAGGUACGAAAAGAGAAGAAAAACGACUUAAAAGACAUUCAAUCUACUCUAAUAUUAAGAACAACUUCUUUAUUUGAGUCACAGGCAUCAAAAAUAUAUACUCAAAAGAUUUUCAAGAUAUUUGCGGAAGAGGUUGCCAAUUGUAUGAAUUUAAUGAGUGAAUUAGUUGAUGAAAAUGGACAGCUUGCCAGUUUUGAGGUGGCAGAUAUGGGAACCAGAUCUAGAUAAUACUUGAUGGAAUUCAAUGCUCAUGAGAAGAAGGCUUCUUGCAAUUGUCACUUAUAUGAGAGGAUGGGCCUUCUUUGCAGGCAUGUGCUGAAGACUUUUAUAAUGAAAAAUAUUUUUGAAAUCCCUCCAGCAUAUAUAAUGAGGCGUUGGUCAAAAGACGUAAGGAGGGGUUGUUUUGUUGAUGAAAGUGGCACUACCACCCUCCAUUCGAUAUAAAAAUUUAUUGCAGACUGUUCGAUACCUCGCUGAGUAUGCGUCAGAAAGCAUGGAGGUUCAUGAUUUUGUAAUGUCUUUAAUACACAAUGAUAUUAUAAAGGUUGAUGGUAAAUUCGGUUGUAAGCGACGUCCACAGGUUGACACCAUGACCCAUGUCAAUGAUGAGAGCGGAGCUUCUGGUUCUAUUGACACACCAAAUGGAAGUUACAGUUGUCUUAAAGUUCUUGAUCCUCCAAGAGCAUAGACAAAGGGACAGCCAACAAAUGCAAGAAAAAAAGCUCGAUCAGAGGGAUGAAAACCAGUGGAAAAUAUUAGGAAAUGUGCAGUUUGUCAGGGCAGUGGGCAUGACCGAAGAAAUUGUCCAUCAUUCGUCUGUGAAAAGUACUAAUUCAUCCCUUUAGAGUCAUUUGAAUUUCAUUGUAUUAGGUGUUUGUGCUUUUUCAAUAAUUAACUAUUAUGAUCAAGGUUGGGCUCUCCAUCUAGUUAUUCUACAUGUUUCCAAGAAAUAUAUGUUUCCAAAGAAAUAUAUGUUAGUAAGCCAACAUGUCGUGUAUAACUUGGUUUUCUAUUCUUGCGAUGCUUAAAUGGUGGAAUGGAUUUCCUUUGAAAGUUAUCUUACAAACUCUUAAAGUGCCAUUGAUGCAUAGCUAGUGAUUUGUAUUUUAUGUUUUCCAAACUGAUGUGUAUAUCAGUUAAGAAUGUGAGCAGCAAUUUUUUCUCCUUUUUGGGUCAUUAAUUCUUUGCAAUCGAUACAGAUGAUUUUGGAUCUUGUUGUUUCAGAUGAUAGAAGAAAAGGAGGGCAACCUGAGAAACUCACUCGAUCAGGUUUAUUUUGGGAAGACAAAGGAGAUGGUUUUCAGUCUACGAUGACCUCCUGACAUAAUGCAACAAUAGCAACAUAAUUUGACUGUAAAGUCAUUUGUAGAUCUGGGUUUUUGUUGUGCUCAGAGUCAUUUGUACAUCUGGGUUUUUGUUGUGCUCAGGUGGAUAUUUUCAAUCCCUAUCAUCAUAUUGAAGCAAUUUUUUUUUGGUCAGCUUAUAGCAUAAGAUUUGUAAUAUUUAAAGCCUUCUCAAACAAAGGUUUCAAUAUAAUCAUGACGAUGUGAUACAAAGAAAAAAAAGUGCAUUUUGGAAUCUAUUGUG